GGAAAACCCAGAAAAAUAAAACAAAACGUUUUAGACUUUAGAGAGAGAAAGCACCUACAAAAAUACCUUAAAAGACCAGUCACACUGCCCAGCCAGCAAAUUCUAGAGAGAGAAACAGAUACGGCUACAACAACAAAUUCCACUUCACUUUUUUCCUUUCAAUAUACAUAAAUAUAUUCAUACAAAUUAAUACAAUAUAAUUUGUUCUUCUCUCUCCCUAUUAUUUUUCUUUUAUUUUAUUUAAUUGGUGGAGGGGGUGGCGGAAAGUUGAAGCACCACAAAGAAGUUGAAUUACAUCAUCGGAAGAAGAAAAGUCCGUUGAGUUUGCUUUUCUUAUUCUUCUUAUUCUCCUGCGGCGGCGGCGGGGAAUUUUGGGAGGUGGCGCCGAUCUGACUCAGUGAGUCAAAGCUCGGCCUUGCUUUUUGUCUUGAUGAGUUAAAAGAACAGGGGAUCGAAUCUCGAACAGUUCAAAUAUGACGUCACCAGUUAACAUAAUAGUAGGUUCUCAUGUAUGGGCUGAGGAUCCAGUUUCGGCGUGGAUUGACGGACAAGUAAACCGAAUCGAUGGCCAAAAUGUUCAUAUUCAAACUACAAAAGGGAAAAAGAUUGUCGCAAAUAUCUCGAAAGUGUUUCCGAAGGAUACCGAAGCAGCACCUGGUGGUGUAGAUGACAUGACUAAGCUUUCGUAUUUGCACGAACCUGGAGUUCUGCAAAACCUGGCUACUAGAUAUGAACUUAAUGAAAUUUAUACGUAUACCGGGAAUAUUCUGAUUGCAAUAAACCCUUUUCAAAGAUUACCUCAUCUAUACGAUACACACAUGAUGGAACAAUACAAAGGGGCUGGACUCGGAGAGCUGAGCCCCCACGUUUUUGCCAUUGCAGAUGUUGCCUACAGGGCUAUGAUGAAUGAGGGGAAGAGCAACUCCAUUUUGGUUAGUGGAGAAAGUGGUGCUGGCAAAACCGAAACUACGAAAAUGCUUAUGCGAUAUCUUGCACAUUUGGGCGGUCGUACUGGUGUAGAAGGAAGAACUGUCGAACAACAAGUUCUAGAAUCAAAUCCAGUUCUCGAAGCAUUUGGAAAUGCCAAAACUGUGAGGAACAACAACUCCAGUCGUUUCGGAAAAUUCGUUGAAAUCCAAUUCGAUAGAAGUGGGAGAAUAUCUGGAGCAGCCAUUAGAACUUACUUACUAGAAAGAUCUCGUGUCUGUCAAAUAUCGUAUCCCGAGCGAAACUAUCAUUGCUUUUAUCAUCUAUGCGCAGCACCUCCCGAGGAAAGAGAGAAGUAUAAGCUAGGCCCCCCAGAAUCUUUUAGUUUUCUCAACCAAUCAAAAUGCUAUAAACUAGACGGAGUAAGUGAUGCCGAAGAAUACCUUGCAACCAGAAGAGCUAUGGAUAUAGUUGGAAUCAGCGAAUCAGACCAGGAUGCAAUAUUUAGGGUUGUUGCCUCAGUUCUUCAUCUCGGAAACAUCGAAUUCAGUAAGGGGAAGGAGAUCGAUUCUUCUGGGAUCAAGGAUGACAAAUCGAGGUUUCAUCUGAAUACAACUGCCGAAUUACUCAAGUGUGAUCCAAAGAGCUUAGAAGAUGCGAUGAUUAAGCGUGUGAUGGUGACACCCGAGGAAGUUAUUACAAGGACACUCGAUCCGGAAGCUGCGUUGGGUAGCAGAGAUGCUUUAGCAAAGACUAUAUAUUCUCGGAUGUUCGACUGGAUUGUGCAAAAAAUAAAUAAUUCCAUUGGGCAGGAUCCAAACUCGAAAGCGAUAAUUGGAGUUCUCGACAUUUACGGGUUUGAAAGUUUUAAGCACAACAGUUUCGAGCAGUUCUGUAUCAAUUUUACCAAUGAAAAACUGCAGCAACAUUUUAACCAGCAUGUUUUUAAAAUGGAACAAGAAGACUAUGAAAAAGAAGAGAUAAACUGGAGCUACAUCGAGUUUGUCGAUAACCAAGAUGUUCUUGAUCUAAUUGAGAAGAAACCGGGAGGAAUAAUUGCAUUACUAGACGAAGCUUGUAUGUUUCCGAAAUCUACCCACGAGACAUUUGCUCAGAAGUUGUAUCAGACGUUUGGAAAAAAUAAGCGCUUUAUCAAACCGAAGCUUUCUCGCACCAAUUUCACUAUAGCUCACUAUGCCGGGGAGGUAACUUAUCUGGCAGAUUUGUUCCUCGAUAAGAACAAAGAUUACGUAGUGGCAGAACAUCAAGAUUUAUUAACAGCUUCAAAGUGUUCCUUUGUAGCUAGUUUGUUUCCUGCUCUACCUGAAGACUCAUCUAAAUCCUCGAAAUUUUCUUCCAUAGGAUCACGCUUUAAGCUACAACUGCAAUCUUUAAUGGAAACGUUAAGUCACACAGAACCUCACUACAUCAGAUGCGUGAAGCCGAAUAAUGUUCUCAAGCCCGCCAUUUUCGAGAGUGAAAAUGUAAUUCAGCAACUGCGAUGUGGUGGUGUUCUAGAAGCUAUCAGAAUUAGCUGUGCUGGAUACCCCACAAGACGUACAUUUGACGAAUUUCUUCUCCGAUUUGGCCUUCUUGCUCCUGAAGCAUUGGAAGGAAACUCCGAUGACAAGGUUGCAUGUCAGUUGAUUCUGGACAGAAUGGGGUUAAAGGGCUAUCAGUUAGGUAAGACGAAAGUGUUCUUACGAGCUGGUCAGAUGGCUGAGCUGGACACAAGGAGAUCAGAGGUUCUUGGGAAUGCAGCCAGAACUAUUCAAAGGCAGAUUCGUACUUACAUUGCUCGUAAAGAGUUUGUUUCUUUGCGCUAUGCGGCUAUUAAAUUGCAAUCUUGUUGGCGAGCUAUAUCUGCUUGCGAAUUUUAUGCGGAAUUGAGACGUGAAUCUGCCAGUCUGAAAAUCCAGAAGAACUUCAGGCGUUACAUUGCUCGAAAAUCGUACCUGACUUUGCAGGAUUCUGCUGUAAGAGUCCAGGCUGGCAUGAGAGCAAUGAUUGCUCGUACUGAAUUCAGAUUCAGAAAGCAGACUAAGGCUUCGAUCAAGAUUCAGGCUCAAUGGCGUGGUCACAGAGAAUAUUCUUAUUACAAGAAUCUCGAGAAGGCUGCUGUUGUUACACAGUGUGGUUGGAGGGGGCGUGUGGCUCGGAGAGAGCUUCGGAUGCUCAAAUCGGCUGCAAGAGAAACAGGGGCACUAAAAGAAGCCAAAGAUAAGCUCGAAAAGAAAGUAGAGGAGCUUACGUGGCGUGUGCAGUUCGAGAAGCGGUUAAGGACUGAGUUGGAGGAAACGAAAUCGCAAGAAAUUGCGAAAUUACAGGAGGCAUUGCACUCGAUGCAAAUACAGGUAGAAGAAGCAAAUGCUAGAGUCGUAAAAGAACAAGAACUAGCACGGAAAGCAAUCGAAGAAGCUCCUCCAAUCAUUAAAGAAACCCCGGUUUUGGUUCAAGACACUGCAAAGAUCGAUGCAUUAUCAGCCGAGGUAGAGAAUCUUAAGGCUUCACUGCUAUCAGAAAAAUUGACUGCGGAAGAGGCGAAGAAAGCAUGUUCCGAUGCAGAGGCUAGAAAUACGGAUUUGGCUAAAAAACUCGAAGAAGCAGGAUCGAAAGUGGAUCAGCUUCAAGAUUCCGUACAGAGGCUUGAAGAGAAGCUAUCGAAUUCCGAGUCGGAAAAUCAAGUACUCCGACAACAAGCUCUGACAAUGUCACCUACAGGGAAGGCUAUAUCUGCUCGAUCUAGGACAAUGAUUGUUCAGAGAACUCCGGAUAACGGAAAUAUUCUCAGUGGAGAAACGAAGACCAACAAUGACUUGACCCUUGCUAUUGUGAAUCCCAAGGAGCCCGAAUCCGAGGAAAAACCCCAGAAGUCUCUUAAUGAAAAGCAGCAAGACAACCAGGAUCUGUUGAUAAAGUGCAUCUCACAAGAUUUGGGAUUUUCUGGCGGUAAACCUGUGGCGGCGUGUAUUAUUUACAAAUGCCUUCUUCACUGGAGGUCGUUUGAGGUUGAAAGGACCACCGUGUUUGACCGUAUAAUUCAAACCAUAUCUUCGUCCAUAGAGGUUGCCGAUAACAACGAUGUUUUAGCAUACUGGCUAUGUAAUACAUCCACAUUGCUAAUGCUUUUACAACACACACUCAAAGCAAGCGGUGCAGCUAGCUUGACCCCACAAAGGCGAAGAUCUUCAUCAGCUUCUCUUUUCGGAAGGAUGUCUCAAGGAUUGAGAGCGACCCCUCAAAGUGCUGGACUUCCGUUUCUCAAUGGACGAACGCUUGGUAGACUCGAUGAUUUAAGGCAAGUUGAGGCGAAAUAUCCUGCUUUGUUGUUCAAGCAGCAACUUACUGCUUUCUUGGAGAAAAUAUACGGAAUGAUUAGAGACAAUCUAAAGAAAGAGAUUUCCCCUUUGCUCGGUUUAUGCAUCCAAGCACCGCGAACGUCUCGUUCGAGUUUAGUGAAAGGGCGUCCGCAUAAUGCCGUUGCUCAACAAGCCCUAAUUGCUCAUUGGCAGAGCAUUGUAAGAAGCCUAGAUGCUUACUCGAAGACGAUGAAAGCAAACUAUGUACCUGCUUUCCUUGUCCGGAAGAUUUUCACUCAAAUGUUCUCGUUUAUCAAUGUCCAAUUAUUCAACAGUCUUCUUUUACGACGCGAGUGCUGCUCAUUCAGUAAUGGGGAGUAUGUAAAAGCUGGGCUGGCUGAAUUGGAACAAUGGUGUCUUUUUGCAACUGAGGAAUAUGCAGGAUCAGCUUGGGAUGAACUGAAGCAUAUCAGACAGGCAGUUGGGUUCUUGGUUAUACAUCAAAAGCCCAAGAAGACCUUAAAUGAAAUAACAAACGAACUCUGUCCGGUGCUUAGCAUACAGCAAAUAUACAGGAUAAGUACAAUGUAUUGGGACGACAUAUACGGCACUCAUAGUGUUUCUUCAGAUGUCAUUUCAAGUAUUCGAGUCAUGAUGACAGAGGACUCGAGCAACGGAGUGAGCAGUUCAUUUCUGUUAGACGACGACUCAAGCAUUCCAUUCUCUGUCGAUGACAUCUCCAAAUCCAUGCAAACAGUAGAUGUGGCCGAUGUGGAACCACCCCCUUUAAUACGUGAAAAUUCAGGCUUCGUAUUUUUACAUCAACGAGCCGAUUGAUGACGGUGAUGAUGAUGUCAUCACAAAGUUUCGUCACAACCAUUUCCCUCUGCCAGAUAUGUGUGCAUAAUCGUAGAUUUAUUUAUUUUUUAUACGGCAGUGUUAUUUGUAUAUUUUUCAUUAUUAUUAUUCGCAUGCGCCGAAGUCAUUAGAUGUGUGGGUUAGUUGGAUUUUUUUCUUUCCUCCCGGGGAGUUUUCAACGAGAGGCGGGCAUUGUUAGAUGAUCAUAUGGAAGGGUUUAGGCAUAUGCAUUGUUUUUUUUUUUUGAAUAGUUGAUUUGCCAUGUGUUUUUUUGAGUGUAUAGUGAUAGGAAUUUGGGGAUUUAGGUAUUUAUUUGUUGUAUUUUUUUUUAAUUUAAUUUAAUUUUUUUUUGGGGGAAUUUUGAUGCAUAUAUGAGUGUCCACACAACAUUGUGUAUAUGUAAAAAAGACAUGUUGAUUUAUUCAUUUGUUUUAUGGUCUUGUGUAAACAAGACUUGUUUGCAA